GCAGCAUUCAUUGAAUAAUCUACUUAAUCGAUAAUAAAGUCAUUUCAAUAGACGAUUUUCAAACAUCAAUGCACAAAAAUAAUUAUGUCCUUCCCAUUUUGGCCUAUUUGCCAUAUAUUCGGAAAUCGUUAACUUUCUUGUCAAAUUUGCCUUUUGCGCAAGCGCCUUGCAUUUUCAACAAUCUCACAAAACAUGGAGGGGAAUCUGACGGAGAACUCCUUUUCACCUUCAUUUUCUGUAGAUGAUUUAAGACCAAAUUCAAAGAAUAGUUGCUACAAGUCAAUUUUACAUUAUUUAUGGCAGCAGAAUUUGUCAAAGACAAAACCAGUUUAUACCAUUGUGGAAGGAUGCUCAAAUGGAAGGAAAGAGUUCUCUGCAAUUUUACUAUUUGAGGGACAGAAAUUCCAUACCAGCUCUCCACAACCAAGUAAGAAGAGAGCAGAACAGAAUGUUGCUGAAAUUGCAUGCAGAUACCUUAGUUUAUGUGCCAAGAAAGAGUCCGUGGCUAAUGAAUCUGAAAGGAUACAUUCAGCCGCUGAUAAAAUAGGCAGCACUUCAUCAAACAAAACACAACAGAGAGAUGUAAACAUGGAGGAAACAAAAACAGACAUUUAUGCAGUUGAGCAACAAAUUGAGCCAAUGUACUUUGAUUUUGAGAAAGAUAAUAUCGAAGACUAUGAUAUUGUGAGGUCUGGUUUAUCUACAUCAAAAGAUAAUGAGAUAGAAGACACUAAGAUUGAAGUGCCUGGUUCAAGGAAAGUAUCUAAUGCUGAUAAAUUUGAUGAGGUCUCUGGAAAAGCUUAUAAGAGCUUGCUGAAUGAACUAGCUCAAAAGCAUAACCAUCCACGCCCAAUUUAUACAACAAAAAUUACAGAGGGGCCCAAUUUCCAGCUUUUUGGAGUAGUGGAAUUCUGUGGCAAGACUUACUGUGGUGCAGUUGCAUGUAAAAAUAAGAAAAAUGCAGAGCACUCUGCUGCGAAGGCAUGUUGGGAAGCACUUGACAUUAAAAAACCAAAAGGAAUUGAUGAAAACUUGUUUGAGAGGGACAGUCAGAAAGUGUUAUGUCAAACAGUUGGCGAAAGUUUACCUAGUGCUGUACUAAAUAACAAUAGUUUGCAUGUGGACAACUUGCCUCAAAGGGAAAUUAAACAGGCAGAGCAUAGUGAUCAUGUUUGUUUGUGGAGCAGUCAAAUAAGAGAGAAAGUUAUACCUCAAAAUGUCAGAGGAGACACACCAAAAAGUGUACCUGUUGUGGAAAAUUACAAGGGCCUUCUUGAUGAGCACCUAAUGCAAAGAGGACUACCACAGGCAGCUUAUACUCGUAAAAUUGUUGGAGGGGCAAUAACUGUCACUUGUGGUUAUGAAGGCUGGAAAACCCAGCUUCAGUCAUCGAUUCAAAAACGGAAAGAGAUUGAGCAAGAAGCAGCAAAACAGGCAUUAAUUAGCCUUGGCAUUGAGGACCCUGAAAAGGUUAUUCGAAUAAGGAAUGGUUCUCUUGCAAGCAAAUUGAAGAGAAAAUCAUCAGACAUAGGCGACGACAUCGCGUCCAAGCGAGCAAGGCAUGAUGGGGAUGCUAUUGCGUCACAGAAGCUCAGCAGUGAUCCACAGAUGUUUAAUUUUGACCAUGGUGCCAGGAACCAAGAUAUCCUGGAGCGAGAACGGGCGUUGCUUUCUGACGACACAUACGAUAGUGAACACGACCCCCUGUCGGUUUGGGGACUUGGUGAGCCACGCAUCUCUGGUGUUCCAGUCAGUAGGGUCACCGACCUGAGCGUUUGUGAAGACUGGCCUGAUAAGACCAACAUCCUUAUAGUUGGCAAUACUGAAUUCUCGAUCCCACUCAAGUGUCUCGGAAUCACAAAAGAACUGAUCUGUCACAAAGAGCGAAGGAGAGUCCGUUUAAGACCAGGCGCGAAUAUCCGUGGUUUGGUAUGCAAAUAUUACCAGCAAGGCAAUCAGAUUUAUUUGCGAGGCAAAAGCUGCGAAGAAAUUUUGUACCCGCUGAAGCCAAAACCGGUUUUGUUAAGCUGCGGUGUCGUUAUGAUUCACUUCGACACGAAGCUCAGGGACUCCUUGCAAGUUUUGCUCAAACGUUACGUCACAAGCCCCGCGUUUAUUCACGUAUCAGCCUCGUUAGCGCAAUGGUUUCGACGAUACUUUUCGGGUAGGCCAAUGAAACUCGAUGUCGAUAAGAUAUUACAGCACGUGCAAUUUUGGCUGGACUCUGAAGUUAAGCUGUUAAGCGAGAUGAAGGAUGCCUCCAUUAAGCAGCUGUUUCUGCAAUGGAAUUUUAAAGAUUCUUGGAGCCGCCUCUUGCAAUCGCAUCUUCCAGAGGACCUUCGUAAACUCCAAAAACGUUGCAGAUGGGAACUUCAGAGGCGCCAUAGAAACAAACGGAAAUGCAACGAUGUUUUCGAGAAACCGUGGAACUUACCAAAAGGUGUUUUCAAGCAUCGGCUUCUAACAACAGGUAUUUUUAUGGAGAGCAGCUCGGAAUGCGCAUACCGAGAGCUGCGAGAAGAGACCGGCAUUGUCAUAUCGCCAUCGGAGAUAGCCAAAUUCCCAUAUGUCGAUAUAGAGAUCUUGGAACAUGAGAAUUUCAAUCCCCACAAAGGUGAUUUCACUAGGUAUUAUUUGUGCUUGAAUAAACCGAGAACAACAGGAGCCCGUGGCAGCGAAGGAACUUUACUCAAUGGUGAGUCUACGAAUGCGAAUCAUGACAACAUCUAUUUAGGAAUGAAUGCAUUUCAGACAAACGUUCAUGAAGAAUGCCAAUGGAUGUCGAUAGGCAAAGCGCUGGAAGCAUCGGCGACUUUCAAGAGAAUUACAGAAACAGUUGUGUUCCAGGACUUCAUAAAUACGGUAACGAAUUCUUGACAGACCUACGUGGACUCAUAAGAUUCUAGGAAAUAGAAAAAUUCUUAGAAAUCUCGUGUAGAGAGGCGGUGUUGACUGAUGCCAUGUUGAUAACCCGGAGGUUCGGAUUCAGGGAGAUUCGGAUUCAGAAUCCGGUUUGAAAUCUCUUGAAUCCGGAACUGGAUCUGGUUUAGGUACAGUAUUUCCUUUACAUAGAGUCAUUAUUUACAUAGAGUAACGUAUCCAGAAAUUUAACAAAGCUAAAGUCCAGUGCUUUAACUCUGAAAUGUUCCGUACCUGGCUGCACCCUUGUGAAAGUAUCGAGAGUCGACUUCAAUAAUUUCGGAAUUUUCUAUUGCUAUCGAUUUUCUGUACUCUUUCUACCUUGAAAAUAGAACUGAUAGACAGGCAAACAAGAUUGGCGAAAGAUGAGGGGGUGUUUUUAAAAAUCAGGGACACCCUCUCCCGAACUUUGGACUUGGCGAUAAGAGUCUGUUUGUAGAACACCAUGAAAUAUUUCUAAAUAUGCAACUCAGUUAAAUAUGUGAAAAGCCAGGUGAGAUACGAUCAACGAAAGAUUUUAAGUUUACUAACGGAUUACUGUUAUAUUGGGUCUGUUCAUAAAGUUAUGUACACAGAUCAUAUUACAAAGGCUCGAUACAGGGUUGCCAUUUGGCCGUUCUCAAAAACCCCUGGCAGUCGAAAAUUGAUCUGGUGCAAAAACAAAAUUUGGUCGCAUUUUUGCUGCGUGUUGAAAACCACAGAAAACAAAUGAAUGUUAAGAUAAUCUCGAAAUUGGAAAAAACUGAAUUAAAUAAAAGAAAACAGGCAAUUGAAGAUGAAAGUUAUUGAAAAUUUUGGUAACACACAAAACUAAUUUUGAUUACAUUAAUGUUUGGCUUGCCGAAUUUAGUCGAUAAACAUAAAUUAGUUAACCGCCAACGAUCCCGAAACAUACAGCAACCAUUGUUUGUGCUCAUGUGGCCAUAUCUCGGCCAAGGCCUAACAUAUUUAUCUGAUAUGGCAAAUUAAGAGAUAUUUCGUGGUGCUCUUUCAAGUCAUAGGAUCAAAAUUAAAAAAUUCUUAAUGCUGUAUUUUGUGACGGCAUUGCUUCAGAACUCCAUUGCUGUGAAAUUCAAGCACUGUUGAGCUUAAUCGAUAAUUAACCGAUUUAAACCAAUCAGGGACAGCUUUGAUUCCAGAGCUUGUGAAUCAAAUGGCUGUUUUCCCGUUAUAGUGAAGCUGUGGCUAGAAAAUUUUGACUCCCUGUUUGAUUUCUGCGACAGAUAUGUCAAAAGCAAAUGGAAAUGCUUCCUUUAUUAUCAUUAUCAUUCAAUUCCAGUAACUAAAUCUUCUUGCCAUUCCCGAUUACUCGUUCAUUGCCGCAGCUAGGCCGGCCAAAGCGAGCAGCGUAAUCCGUUAAGGCGGGAAGACCUAUUGUUCAUGUUAGCCAAUCACUGAGGGACAGACUAGCGAUAAAUGAAUUCAUCCAUAUGAUGUGCUCAAUUUCUUCCUAAAAAUUGGCUGUGUAUUCUCGAAUGGCUACUCAAACUCAAACUGAUCUGCACUCCCUCCCAAAACAAUUUUCUUUAGCUUCUCCCUGUUGAAAAUGAUAUAUUUGUUAAUGGUAAUAAAAAAUGCAACUGAUCAUGGAUUGCCUUGUCAUUUAAGGCACAAUUGCUCCUGGCUCUAGAAAUACCAAGGUCAGUUUCUUUCACUUGGGUCUGUUUGCCUGGUUUUUGAAACGCAUUUAUGGAGGCUUGUAUAAGUUAUGUUAUGUAUUACGAAAAUUUUGUUUUUAACGAACAUCAAAUUUACCACAACACAGAGUCUAGACAACUACCUGGUAAUUGUUGAAAAUACGUUUACAAGCUGCAAGAAUUACUACUAUGAAAUUUUCAAAUUUUAAAGAGCUGGUUUCUGUUGUAUUUAAUUUUAAUUUAUGAAACGUCAUUUUUGUUUAGCAUUUAAAAAGAAGGCAGCGUUAUUUAUCUUGGUUAUUUAUCUCGAAAAAGUAUGAUAUUAGCGAAUGUUUUUUAAUACAUCAUGCUCGAACAAUCUGGCGAUCAAUUUUUUCACAUUUUGGCUGUGCUAAUACCUGUUGCUACUCUAGUGUCUCUAAUAGAAGAGGGUGUUCAUUGCGGCCAAUUUUCAAUACUAGGGGGGUGCCAAUGCAUCCCCGCCAUUGCAUCCCUGCCAUAGCAUCCCUGCCAUUGCAUCCCUGCUAAUGAACCCUUGUCACUACAAGCCUGCUAUUGGACCCCUACAACUGCACCUUUGCUAAUGCACCCCUUCCAAUGCACCCUACUGCAAUCCACUGCACCCCGGCCAUUGCAUCCCUGCCAAUGCACUCUUGUCACUACAACCCUGCUAUUGGACCCCUACAACUGCACCUUUGCUAAUGCACCUAAGUCACUCGCAAGCAUAACAAAGUAUCAAUAUUAACAAGUUAUUGAUAAGAAAUAACACUUUUAAUUUUACAGUUAGGCUAUGAAAUUCACAGGUUGAAACGCGUCUUUCUCGGGGCUCUUUUCGCAAGCUAUUCAUCCGAAUGAUUAACUGAACAUAACAACCAAGAUGAAAUUUUCUUAACUAAAAUUUGCUAACCCAAUUGUUUGACGCUGGUCCAUCUUCAGCUUCUAUUAUUACCCAUCAAGUACUUCCAACCAUUUAACUACACAUUUGCAUUCUUUGUUCCUACCUGUAACUCCACCGUUCGAUGUUAAUUGCUUAAUAAUUGUAAUAUGAUAAUAAGUAAUUUAUUUACAAUUGGCAAUGAUUUAUUUCGUAAAUCUAGCAUUAAGUUAAUUUAAGCCAACUAUUUACAAUUAAUGUAAAAUGCUUCCACAUCGUUAGCAACACUUAUUUUGCAACCACAUGUGGCAAUUUUACUGCCUUUCCUACCAAGAAUUAGAUUAAUGAGAGGUAUCGGUAAAUUGAUGUUUGUAAACUAGAGCUUUUUGAAAGUUUUCCGAUGUAAAUGAUAAUUAAAUGUGUAACACAGAAAAAGUAAAUCUACUUUGUCUUUUUAUUCCUUUCCUGUUUCCCCAA